ACCCACCCCCCGCGGUCAGCCAUGGAGCUAUAAAGAUCGCAGCAUACUCUGCGCGGAUACGUUUCUUUCUGGAGAAGUGAAGAGGGCGUCCUACUGAACGGAGGGCGAGGUUGACCUGAACAACAGAUAAACGACAGUAGAAAAGAAUAAUAUUGAGAAAGAAAUGCUCAAUAUGGAGUCAGGAGCAACGGGACCGUGUCCAACCGACAUGGGAGAGAAUGAUCCAGAAGAAGUGCUGAAACUUAUCCUGAUUGGAAACACGGGGUUUGGGAAGAGCGCCUCAGGGAACACCAUCCUUGGCCAGGCUGGCCAAGGAUGGCCCUUCGUGUCCAUUUGUAGCCCAUCCUCCGUGACACAAGUCUGCCAGCUGGGGACCUCUGGAUACCAUGCUGAGGAGGAGGCGAAGAGCAGUUCAAGCAGGAGGAGCAAGAGGAAGAAGGUGGUGGUGGUGGACAUGCCAGGUUUUGGAGACACACAUUGGACCCAGGAACAGAUCAUCAUGGAGGUCAGCAAAAGCAUGACCCUGACGGCCCCCGGCCCACACGCCUUCCUCCUGGUGCUCAAGCUGGAACGCUACACAGAGGAGGUGAAAAGGGCCGUGGAUAUGAUAGCUGAGGUAUUUGGUGAAGUGGCGCUCCGCAAUUACACAGUGGUGCUGUUCGCCAGGGGUGAUGACCUGGGGGGGCUGAUAGAGGAGUUUCUGUCCAGCUCUGAUGACUUCAGGGGUUUGAUUCACAGGUGUGGAGGCAGGUACCACGUAUUCAACAACAAGGAUCAAGGUGAUAGGCAGCAAGUUCCCGAGCUGCUGAAAAAGGUGGAGAAGGUUGUGGAUUUCAACGGUGGAGGGUGUUAUACCAACGCCAUGUACCAGGAGGUAGAGGCAGCAAAGAAGGAGGAAAAGUUAAGCAAGUCCUGCAGUAUCAAUUAGGCCAGGACAAUGUGUUGAGAUGAAUAAAUAUUAAAACAUCUUUAUUCAUCUAUUGAAUUUUAAAAUAUAUUAAUAAUUGUCAAUCUUAAAGAGCUUCAAUCAGUAACGGUAACAAAUUAUAAAAAAAACGAAAAAGUUACUUUUCUUUUUUUAAUCGCAGCCUUUGCGAUUUGCAUAUCGCCUUAUAUUACAUCGUAAUAUCGAUUUGAAAUCGAUUAAUCGUUCACCCCCACUUUAAAGUAUCUAAUAUGGCCAUUGGGGCCGGAGGGUUUGCGAGGGUCCAGAGGGUUUACGAUCCAGAUUUUUCAAAUGCUUCCCCUCUACCAUGACCGCUUCACCUUUACCUUUGCCUGUUGUUUUAUGUAUCAGGGUCAUUUGGACCGUGAUAUAUUUUUUGUAUUUUUUAAUAUUGGGGCACUCAGUCUGGUUGAAAAGCAGGGGGCAGAACUGCAAAAGGCUCUUGUGCCCUCCUGUAAGGGAAGCAGACAGACGACUAGAAGAAAAGGAGUACAGGGGGGAGUGGAGGAGCGGCUUGACAUCUUGUCUCUCCCCUGUUGCUUAACUUAUCUUUACGUUCCUAGUCUUCACUUCACUUGGAGAUGUGCCUGAUCAUUGGCUUGAGUUAAUAUUCAUAGUUAACAUGGUUCAGAAAAUAAAGUUAAUAGGAUACAUUUUAGACUUAACAUCAGAUGGGUUGUUGGUUUUACAGUUGAUUCAAUCCUGCAUAAAACUGGCUUCAUAUAUGUUUUUAUUGUCAUGAUUUAUUCACUGGAAAAUAAUCAAUUAAGGAUGUAUUGACUUCACAGUCACAUAUAUAACUUGCAUAUUGUAAAUCAAUAAACAUAUAAU